AUGAACAAUUAUUGCUGAUCAAAUACUGAAUAAUAAAACAUUUUUCUACAUUUAAUCAAUCCAAAUAACAUCACAACCUUUUCAUCAUGAAAAAAUACUUCUUUUUACGUGUCUGGUGAGAGUAAAAAAAAAAAAAAAAAAAUUGUGAUAGUAAAAUUAUUGCUAAAAAAUAAAACAGGGAACUUAUUAAAUGAAAACUAUUUCAUUGGAUGGCUUGUAGAUUAAGCUGGUAAGACAGCAGCGAUGAUUGGCUGAUUACCAUGAUAGGCAUUACUAAUGGAGAGACAGGAGAAGAAAAAGUUGUGAACUUUGAGACUGUAAGACAUCUGUUCUAGGACAAUGUAUGAAAUAUAUCAAGUCUUAUGUGAGUGUGUACUUUGUGAUGUCUACGAGGCACUUGUUGUCAUCGGCCACUUGUCGGUUGACAUUCUUGGAAGCGGAAGCGCUGGCUGGCGCUGUCGUUAAAGAAAAAACCUGCACAGACAUCAGUCAGCAGCUAACAUACAGCAAGGAUGUGUCUUAAUGACGUAUUGAAGCGUACUGACACACUGUGAAUGAAGUUGGGUGAGUCACGUGACCGCUCAACAGUCCCCCGUCUCGCUGUUUGAGACACCUCGGUCUCCUUGCUGACCAGCGCGUGCUGCACGUCCCUGAGCUUGCUCCUAGUCCUGCUCCAACCGUUGGAUGUCCCCCGUGAUUUGACCGGUCCUGUCCCUGAUCUCCAACAGCUAAGCACGCACACACACACACACAGACACACACACUCAGUUAGUUACUGAUCCCAGUUUCCGUAAUCCCUCCCUUGUAUGUGUUUUGCCCAAAUUAAAUAUAUUCAAGCAUGAAACAUGGUUAAAUGAAGACACACAAAAAUUGCAAUGAUAUGUAGUAUUCGACACUGGUCACUAGGUGUCAGUAAUGUUGCGUUGAUAGCCACUGUGGGUAGUGCGGUACAGAAACCGUAAGUAAAAAAGGAAGAGUUUGACUUUAUAUUAUGUCUUAUUUAUGCCUCAUGUCUUAUUUUCUGUCUACUAUAUUGGGUAAAAUGAAUGUGACUGUAGGGGUGUUGUUUCAUGUCAAGAAGGCUCUAAUGUUAAAAACUGGAUUUACAAGGUCGUAAACAGGUUUUCUAUACUCUAACUACUACAUUUUGCUUUUUUUUUAUUUUGUUAAAAAAGGCCAAAACAAUCUAAUGUACUACUAAGAUUAUUCCAAGACCGCAUCUCCACUUUGUGUUAUUAACAUCAACAUUUCAGCGUUUUUACUUUUUCUCCUUACUUGAUAUUUUAACCGGUUUUGUUCACUUUCUAUGUCCACUGAAUACGAUGACGACCACGGUCGGGUGUGGUAGCGGUAAAGCCCACUUUUAUUAACGUUGCUGGGAGCUGCACUGAGACAUAAAGGAGGAAAAGUGGAAUGAAGACAAACACCUGCUGAAGUGCAGUAAAAAUGUUGCCUGUCAGCUUUCAGAGUUUACAACAAGGACCAAAGGUCUUUUGCUACGCUGGCUGCACCCGGGGCGACGAGUCUCAUUCAUAAUCGUCCUGCUUCCAGAACAAAAAGAAUUAUGGGCCCGUCCCAGCAACCACUCCGGCUGCUGUGGUUGGUCACCAUCGUGGCAAUAACGACCAAGACUGAUGAAGGACUCGUUCAAAACUUAACCAACAAGCUUCUGCCGGCUAUCCCUCCUAACAGCCGCAACACCUCCGUUACUAAACUGUUGAUGGAGGGGAAUCGGAUCACUCUCACCGAAGGGGACAGGCUAUCCCUGGCCGGUUAUUCCCAACUGGUGGAGCUCUACUUGGAUGCCAACAAAGUGACCCGCAUACCCGUCGCGUACUUCUCCGUUGUACCACACCUCAGAGUGCUGUCGCUGUCCAGGAACCAAAUCGACAACCUAGAACCCGAGGCCUUGUCUGGCCUUGAUGCCCUCAUGGCGGUGAACAUGUCCUACAACCAACUGACAAGUCUCCCUGCACAACUACUCCGAGGGCUUAAUCAUCUACAGGUCGUGGACCUGCAGGGCAACCCGUGGAAUUGCACCUGUCCGCUGCUGACCCACAUUGAAGAAUUAAGAGCAUCAGGAGUGCCGAUCGCAGGGCCAAAUACAAAAUGUGCUUCACCAGAGGGACAAGCGGGACGGGAUCUUUUUGAGGCGAUAGCUCGGUGCUUUCCAACCUCGCCGCCCUCCUCCACUGCGGAUGCAACAAACACAACCGGUGGCUUUCGACAGUCGCCGGUGCGAACCACUUUGCCAAGAAUGAUGCAGACUUCCAGCCAGGACGACAGCGUCAAUGACGAACAAAGGCCUGCUUCUGGAAACACAUGGAAGUUUGCAGCGUGGGUUGCGGCCUUGGCGCUGACUACGUCCAUGCUCAUUGUGUGCGCCAUCAAAGGCCCCUCGUGGUAUCGGCUCUACCAUAACUACCGACAUCGACAACUGCGGCAAGAAGAAAACGACGACGGCCGCACGGCUUCCAGCAUCUACUCAGAGACCGGAAGAUACGUGAACCAGCAGACGUUCACCUUUGACCGUCACGGGGCCCAGGAGGAAGAUGACGCACACUACUUUGAGGAUCCUUACAUCAAGACUGAGGAGUAGCCUAAAUACAGUAGAACCCGUUGGAUUGGGACCUGCGCCUUGUCUGCAAGGAGGGAAAGUCAAACAGGGAGUGUGUUCAACUUUUACAAAGUACUUACUUUCUUCUCUCAGUGAAGAUGCUGUCAGUGCUUUCAGCCUCUCUGGCAUUCCGGGCCUUCAACUGGAACAGAAUUAGAUACAAGUGUCGUAAUUUUCCAUAAAAAGAUAGAAAUGUACAUUUUGAUCAUCUUUAUUUGUAAUAUUCAUUCCAUUGAGGAUGAUUGAGGAAUGAUGAUUGAUGAAGUUUGCUUCAUUAAGUUGUACUCCUUGAUCAUCUCCUCCACAAAAUUGAACGGUACUUCGACGGUGGUUAUCAACUUACUUUGUCAAGUCCAGUUUUUGGUUUUGUGCCAAGUGCGCGUUUACAUUUGACGUCAUAUUAUUCUACUUCCGCACAAAAAUGUGGCUAUACCGGCUGGUGUGUAUUACAAAAAAAAAAAAAAAGAGGACGGAAUUCUUAUGGAGCGUUAUGAGGUGUUCCCAAAUGAUUAUGACUGCUAAAGGCAACACUGUCGCCGCCAAUAGAGCGAGGAAGGACCGCUGGAAUGUCAGCAUGCCGCGUGCGUUCUAAACUGCUGUCUCGUUGUGUCCACUAGAUGGCAGUGUUUUCCCUGUGGCGUGUUUUGUGGCGACU